AUGUCGCUUCCCUUGAGUUUUCUGAUCGAUGACUCUGUCACUUCUUUCACGGCGGAAUCGGAUGCGCGCACGGGGCAACCAACCCUCUCGGCCCGCUUUAGCAUGGUCUUGAAAAUGGAGAUUCCUGCAUUGGUGGAGCUGCUAUCCAAGACGGCAGCGGCGGAGAAAUCCCUGAACAAGUCCGCAAAUCGAAUUGCGUCAAGCUGUGGAUCCCCUGAGACGGAUGAGACCCGUCCGCCUAUAAGGCUGAAACCGUCCUGUCCCCCAACGGCAAAAGUGAUGGUGGACGAGUUUUCCAAACGGCCGACGCUCAGGGUACAGACCCACUUCAACUUGGAUAUGGACAUGGCCGGACUUGUUGAGCUGCUCGCCCGCUUGGCAGGACUCACCGGGCAGCCGGAGAAAGCAUCCUCUCCCGGGCUGACAGGCAAGACAAGGUCUGCCGGUGAUGCGAGCAAGGCCAAGUCUCGUGAUUAUUGGAAAGAUCGCCACGCUAAAAGGUUGACAUUUUGGGAGCAGCCCAUUCAGGAAUUUCAUGCGGAACUUCAUGCGAAGUAUCACCAGGACUACAAGUGGAGCAGUGCGGAGUUCGAGGGCGAGCAGCCUGUCUUUGUCAUGUCUCGAGAGCAACAGUCCACAUUCCGGGAUUUGGUCUUCGAUCCGCUCGAACUGCCUGAACGUCAAAGAGUGACUCAUGCGAACUACAAGGAGGCGGACUCGAAGCGUUUUCCACAGCCUGAAGAGGAGCAAAUGCAAGGUGGCGCGGUUGAGAUAGGCUUGCAUUCGCUUGGUUCUGCGAGUGCUAAAGACCAGGGGGUGGAUUCUGAGAAGAACAGGGGUUCGAUGAUUUGCAGGAGACCCCGCGAACGCGAAGAGGGAAGGCUCUAUCCUUCGAGUCCUGGUUGCAAACAACAGUAA